AUGGAGUUCAUUGGGUCAUUUCAACUUUUCUUCUUCAUCUUCAUGGCCGCCAUGGCACUGCUGUACAUGUGCUGCAGCUUAAUAAAUUCGUUUUGGGUUUCUCCAGUCCUAGCUUACAGGAAGCUUAAGAAAUAUGGGCUAAAUGGUCCAUCUCCAAGCUUUCCUUUAGGAAAUCUCACUGAGAUGAAAAAGAAGAUAAAUGUUAAAAGCUCUUCGUCUUCAGUUGGCCAGCCUAACUCAAAUAUCAUCACCCAUGACAUUCACUCAACUCUAUUUCCUUACUUUGCUCGCUGGCAGAGCUCCCACGUGAUAAAUGUGUUUUACAGGAAAAAUGUUCGUCUAUUGGUUAGGCACAGAGCCAUUUCUGUACAUAGCCGAUCCAGAGUUACUGAAAAAAUUGUCUACAGAGGUCACAGCAAAGAACUGGGGGAAGCCUGCUGUGUUAGACGUGACAGAGCUGCCAUGUUUGGUAAUGGCCUCCUUAUGUCAGAAGGUGAUGACUGGGUUCGUCACCGCCACGUUAUCACUCCUGCUUUUAACCCUACCAACUUGAAGGCAAUGGCGAGCUUAAUGGUGGAGACCACCACAGAAAUGCUGGACAACUGGAGGGUCCUCAUAGAUUCCGGCUCUCAGGAAAUCGACAUCGAGAGAGAAAUCACUGCCACGGCAGGAGAAAUCAUCGCCAAGACAAGCUUUGGCAUUAGUUACCAAACUGGGCGACUAGUGUAUGAAAAAUUAAGAGCCUUGCAAAUGACCCUCUUCAAAACGAGCCGUUUUGUGGGAGUUCCCUUUGGCAAAAUGAUGCACCCUAAGAAAACCCUCGAGGCCAGAAGACUUGGACAAGAAAUCAACCAACUGUUCCUGUCAAUCAUCAGUGCUCGGAAAAAAUCGAUCAGAGAGUCGACGCCGCAGCACGACUUGCUCGGAAUACUGCUUAAGCAAAGUGAACAAGGAGGUUUUACAAAGGCUUUAACCACACAGGAUCUGGUGGAUGAGUGCAAGACAUUUUUCUUUGGCGGUCAUGAGACAACAGCAUUGGCAAUCACAUGGACAAUGUUGCUUCUGGCCACUCACCAGGAUUGGCAAGAUCAAUUGAGACAGGAGAUUAGGGAAGUGGUGGGAGAUAAGGAGAUUGAUGUCAACAUGCUUGCUGGACUAAAGAAGAUGGGAUGGGUGAUGAAUGAGGUUUUUCGAUUGUAUCCAUCGGCACCAAAUGCACAGAGACAAGCCAAAGGGGACAUUCAAGUGAGUGAUGACCUGGCAAUUCCCAGUGGGACCAACAUGUGGAUUGACAUAGUGGCCAUGCACCAUGACUCAGCUCUGUGGGGUGAUGACGUGAAUGAGUUUAAGCCCGAGAGGUUUAAAGAUGACACACAUGGCGGGUGCAAGCACAAGAUGGGCUACUUGCCUUUUGGGUUUGGAGGAAGAAUGUGCAUUGGUCGAAACCUAACUUUCUUGGAGUACAAGAUUGUCCUAACCCUAAUUCUGUCGAAGUUUUCUUUUACCAUCUCUCCCACUUAUUGUCACUCUCCUUCGGUUGUGCUCUCUCUCAGGCCUUCCAAUGGCCUGCCGCUUGUUCUGCAUCCCCUUUAG